GCACAAGAGAUACUCCAACUUACGGCACCGAAUAUUACCUGACAGAGCAAACAGCUGCCUCUGAACGAUCUGUCUCUGGCAAUCUCCAAUUCAAAAAAGAUCGCAUCGCACCAUUCACACCCAUCCAUCCCGAAUUCGCACCAGGCACUAAAUCCUACAAUUCGGUCGCAACAGCCAAAUCCAAUUUCCACGGAGUGAUUGUUGAUGAGCUCGAUCGAAAAUCGAAGAGAGAUCAAUUGGCAGCAAGCAGAACAAGUUUUGACGACGAGCAGACAGAGCACGAUAACCUCACCUACAUCGGUUCCUUACAAGCUGCUCAUAUCUACCAAGCCUCUGACAAGCAAGUUGUAAUUGGACAAUUCCCACCUAGUCUCUCAGAGACAAGACGUUCCUUAGGUAUUAAGGUCUGCCGUGGCUUUGAUAGUAACUUUGAAGAAAGCGGUCGUCUUUUUCGAAAAGCCAAUAUUGACAAACUUACCGACGAUUUCUUCAUAGACUGUUUACAAGAAGGCCGCAAUCGUUGGGAGCUUGAGGAAAAUUGGCUCAAACAAGUGUGCGAUAUUCACCAGUCCCAGCUCGACGAAGAUCAUUACAACGCCCUUCUAUCCAACAUCUAUUGAUAUGUCGUUCCUAUUUUCUGCCCCAGUCGAUAUUGAUAUCGUUCUGGAAGAUGGAGAUAGCCGGGAGACAGUAGAGGUUAAGAAUAAGAGUAGCAAGGAAAGGGUACCGCUAUACAAAGAUGGCGAAUCGGUUAGAGGAGCUGUCACCAUUAGACCUAAGGAUGGAAAAAGGUUAGAGCACACGGGUAUUAAAGUCCAAUUUAUUGGAAUGAUUGAGAUGUUUUAUGAUCGAGGCAACCACUACGAAUUUCUGUCAUUAGGACAAGAGCUUGCUGCUCCUGGCGAUUUACAACAUCCACAAGCUUACGACUUCAACUUUAAAAACGUCGAAAAGCAAUACGAAUCUUAUAAUGGCAUUAAUGUCAAGUUACGUUAUUUUAUCAAGGUCACCGUUUCUAGGCGAAUGGCAGAUGUGAUCCGCGAAAAAGACCUUUGGGUAUUUUCUUACAGAAUUCCCCCUGAGAUGAACAGUUCUAUCAAAAUGGAUGUCGGUAUCGAGGAUUGCUUGCAUAUCGAAUUUGAAUACUCCAAAUCGAAAUACCACCUCAAAGAUGUUAUUGUCGGCCGCAUCUACUUUUUGCUCGUUCGUCUCAAGAUUAAGCAUAUGGAACUCUCUAUCAUUCGACGCGAAACUACUGGAACGCCUCCAAACCAAUAUAAUGAGAGUGAAACUUUGGUACGAUUUGAGAUUAUGGACGGUUCACCAUCAAGAGGAGAAACUAUUCCUAUCAGACUUUUCUUAGGCGGCUUUGAUUUGACUCCUACUUUCCGCGAGGUCAAUAAGAAAUACUCCACCCGCUACUAUUUAAGUUUGGUUCUCAUCGAUGAGGAUGCCCGACGUUAUUUCAAGCAGUCCGAGAUCGUUCUUUACCGUCAACAACCAGAAGAUGCUUUAGCACUUGGUCAGCAGACUAAGAUUGCUGGUGCACAUUCUGCUCCUAGUCCAGCGGCACAGAAACGACUUUCUGCUCAAUAGAUAUCUCACGUCGAUUCUCAACUAAUUUUUUUCCUUCUUAUUACGUUGAUACCAACAGCCCGUUUUCCUUUCCUCUUUCCUUUUCUUAUUUUCUUUAUGUGUGCGUAUUUCAUGAGGUUUACAUAAUGGGCAAAGACAGAUAGACCAAUGAAUCUGAUUAUUUGCGGGGAAAAGCCAGUCCAGUGAACAUAUUAAGACAUGAGGAGAUACCUAUCUGAUGACAAGAAAACUUUCUUAUGGGAGGGGCAUUUUCAUGGAUGUAGAAGAAAAGUCUCAAGGUGGGAGGCUUUGAUAGAUAGAUAGAUAUGGCGGGGUUCUCCUUUACUCACAUGCAUACUGUUACUUUUCCUCUUGGGAGUAAGGAUCAAAAAUGCCUGGGGAUUGGGAAUCGCGUCUGCGUAUCAUGAAUAAAGACAUUUAAGAUCA